AAUGAUGAAAUGCUACCUGUAAGUAAGAGUCAUAAAAAUACUACUACUACUAAAAACUAUCACACACGUACAAGCAUCAGUCUUCUCAUGCAUUUAUAUUUCUAUAGGAGCCACUUAUUUUAAUUGCUACACAAAUAUUUCACAGUCUUUAUCCAUUGCCACAAGAUGCCUGUUAAAUAAAUCCAAAUCUAACCUUUUGCCAUGAAAUGUUUAAAAUGUGUCAAGUGGCUUUACUUUAUCUCUCGAACCUCUGCCGUUUACAGUUAAUAGCACUUCAGACCUCCUGAAAUAGUUCUUAUCAGAUGACCUUGUUUAUCCUCACAGGACGAGGUUGUUCGCAUCUAUAUUAAGUAGAUGGAAAAACAAGCACGUGAGCCCAAAGCCCGGCAUCUCAAACAAACAGAUGCUCGCUUUCCAAGUAGUAACUUUAUCUGGCUACACGCCACCGCGGCUACUACGGCACAGCGGCACCGGGCCCUGUUGUGGUUUGGGCGUUGUCAUGGUAACCGGCGUCCGGAGGAGGAGAGGGAGGAUCUGCUGGAGCGUUACAGGGGGCGUGUGUGACAGAGUCAGCCCUCUGUGGCUUCAUCUGGACCGCCUCCGUCGCUCAAACCGCCACACACGCGCUGCUGCUGACGACGGAGGACGUCCACCUGCUGCCGCUAAACCUCCGAGGUUUCUCAGAGCAACCUGAAGGCGCUUCUGGUUAGAGCCACCUGUCCUAUUUAGGCCAACUUUGACUUUGUGGAUUGUCAGUAUCGCCUCCACAUAAGAGAAUCCAUGUGGGUGGUGGAGAAGAUCCGCGUGUCAGUGGAGAGGUCCAACCUACCCAGUCCGUCCGCAGAAUUCAGCUUUAAAUUCGCCGACAUCAUGUUCGGGGAGAAAGCGGACAAGCCCAGGGGCAUUUCCCGCUGCCCCAACGUCAUCACGCCGGACAACAUCCCCGAGUUCUGCAUCCCGCCGACGUUCCCGUCGCUGCAGGAGCCCAGACGCGGCCCCGCCGGGGCGCCGCCCCGCAAGGCGGGCGGCCCCGAGGCCGCGGCCGCGCGCCGCCCGGCGCUCGCCACGCACGUCAUCCAGGUGGAGAGCGUGGACGAGGGCCCCGGCGACGACGGCGACGACGGCGGCGACGGCGGCGGCAGCGACGAGGAGAGCACCAACGCGGACCCCCGGAGCCAGGCCGCCCUGUCGCUGCCGCACCUGGCCAAGGCCCAGACCUGCUACGGCUUCUGCACGCUGCUGGAGAGCCCCCACACCCGCAGGAAGGAGUCGCUCUUCCACUCGGACCCCGGCGCCUCGCCCCUGCUGCUGCCCAGGAGCCGAUCGGGCCCGUGCUGCAGGCUCCCCCCCUCCCCGUCCCCCUCACCCGCCGCCUCCCCCUCCUCGUCCCCCUCCUCGUUCAGCCUCAACAGCCUCGCCUCCAGGCUGUACCCGCGGGGCUGCGCCCUGGGCUGGCAGGCGGCGCCGGACAGCGAUACGGCUUCCUCCGCGGAGUCGUCUCCUUUCAACUCGCCACUGUUGACCAGGUGCCCUGCCAAGUCUUCCCUCUUCAAAGCACUGAGCCAUGAACUGCUGUUGUCAAGGAACAUGAGGAAGGCAAUGGUGUCCAGGAACAACUCCCUGUCCACAGAUGAAGGCAGUUCCACAGACAAUAGCCCCAGUGUGAUGAGGAGGGCAUCGGAGGGGUUAGUGGAAGGCCUGCCCAGCAGCUACAGCCUGGCGCCCCCCAGCAUCUUCCCCAUGGACUUGACUUUGCACAGAGAGCGAGCAAUGAAGGAGAGAAUGGUCCCCGUGGGGAGAGACGGCAGCCUGAGACUCUCAGCGGAGUACUGCGCCGAAAACCAAAGGCUGCGGGUUCGGCUGAUCAGCGCCGAGGGCCUCUACCCUCUCUCGACGGACCCCAAGAUUAUCAACUGCAGCGUCAGCCUCUGCCUGGUUCCCGGAAAGGCCCAGAAGCAGCGCAGCACGGUGAUCAGGAAGAGCCGCAAUCCCAUAUUCAACGAGGACUUCUUCUUCGACGGCGUCUCGGAGGACGAGCUGGGCCGGCGGUCGCUGCGCUUCAAAGUGGUGAACAAAAUGUCCACGCUGAAGCGAGACUACCUCCUGGGCGACUGUGACCUGCCCCUGUCCAGCAUUGUAACGCUACAAACCUGAGUAUGCCCCCACCACUUUCAGUUAUUUAUUGGAAUUCUUUUCUAUUUCUAAUUAUUAAAUGGCGAAAGAGAAAACGUUUGCUUGUCUUUGAGUUCUGUGAAAUACGAACGCUCCGUCCACAAAUUGUAUUCCUCACCUUUCAGCUUAUUUCGAACCAAGCAGAAGCAUCAGCAUCAUAUUUCCCCAAAGCCCGUUGUUUUCCUCCUGACCUUUCCAGUGAUAUAAAUAUCACCAGAGCUCAGAAACGAAACCAUAGAAGGGAGUAUUUUGUUGUUGAGUAUGCAUCACUGUAAUCGCAGCUGUUUUUUUAUAAUACAAAACUGUUACGUUUCAUGAAGAUCAGCCUUUGAGGAAAUGAUAUUGAAGUUCCUUUAUUAAACUCAUCACACUGAUGAUUGGUGUGUGGUACAGUGGGUCAGCCAGUCACACACGCUGAGCAGCACUUAGACUGCAGGUAAAUAAGACCUGCCGCCUUGAGCAAUAAAGACUGAAAAGUGCUGGCUGCCACUGUGGCUCCUGGUUAAAUAUUAAUCAUCCUCUCACGCUCUGGUAGGAAGCUGACAAAUGCACAAAUUCAUACAGUGAAUGCCAAAACAACAGACAGUAAUGGAUGGAGAUGGAGAGUUUGAAGUACUGUACAUAUGCAAUCAAUGCUUCUGCUGCCAAAUAAGCCCUUGUGGGAUAUUGGUUUUAAACUAAUUAGUCAGCUUAGCUGUAGUGACGCAUGCUUUAUGAUGCAAACAUUAUACUAGAUCUAACAGGUGAUAGUGCUGCUGCAGACAAACACGGCGCGUUCCAUCUUUAGCUAAAAGCCCAGCUGACUGAGCUGUGACGCUUAUAAAACUUUUGUGUUUCUCCAAUACGCCGGACUAAUCGCAGCACUCCUGUAAAAAAUCCCACACAGGCAACCUAAAUAUAUGUUCUCAAUGCUGCUGUGCCCAGGCUCUGCUUCCAGGUCCUGUGAGGAGGCUGAUACCGCUUGACACUUUUGUAUUGAGUGUUGACUCAGCUGUGAAAUGCCCUGUAAUAAAUGAGAAUUACCCGUGGUCCCACCGCUGGUCAAGCCCCGAUAGGAUUCAAAGGGAUUCCCACGGAUCUGUCUUCAUUGGAGAGAACAGAGGCGUGGGUUUUGUAGCGCGCACUGGUUACAGCUUUGUAGGGCUUUGAUCCGUGCUGCUGAGAAAUGUAUCUCACAAUGUGCACAGAAUGAAAACACAAGAGCUGCAAUUGAUAUAAAGUCAUCAUAAAUGUUUCAGUAGGUCUUUUUUUUUUUGUCCCGUCUGUCAGUU